UUGUAACUACAUGUAGACUAGUUAUAUAGCUCAGCUUGCAAGUUGUUGUAGUGCAUGUUCUCCAGGCUCUAGCUAUAGUUACACAGAGAUAAAAUGAAAGUGCUUUACUUGUCCUGUUGCCUCUACUUCUGGUUCCAACUCUUAGGAGCAUCCUAUUUACAAAGACCAAGGAUCAAUUUCGCUGGAGAGUUUAAGGCCGAUGUCUCCACUAUGAACAACAGAGACGAGAACUAUGAACGAUCAAUGGAGAACGGGGAGGACCUGCAAUUGCACAAGUGGUGGAAUUGGAACCCUGAAGGCACAAGCACUUGGGCAAUAAUGGACUGUGUAGUAACUUCAGUUGUGUUGGAAAACGGUUUAACCAUAAAUGACGAAGUUGUUGGCAAGCCGAUUGUGAUUAAUCCAGGUAGUUCCCUGCCUAAAAUUGUUGAUUUUAACUCAGCUAAUAAGUUUUCCAGUAUCAUUUAUGGUAUGAAGCUAGGUAUAAAUUGGAACAGAGAUGGAAAAUCAAAGAAUGCUUUUAUUGGAGAUUUUAUACCGUCACCAGUUACUCACGAGCUAUGGACACGUCAAGCAGAUACUUCUAAAUUUGCUAAUGUAGGUGCUCGUGGUGUUUCUCAGCUUUCUAACGUACAAUGGGCUGAUCACCUGACUUCCGAAGCUUUAAACAAUUUAAAAAUACUUACGAAUAGAGACAAAGUAAAUGGCUACUCUCUUUCAAUCAUGCUUGCACUAUUUGACUACUCUACAGAUAAAGAAGAAAGGCUUUUUUAUGGCAAGCUAGUUGGAAGUAUUGGAGUCACUGAACUGGGAGAGUUUUUGGUGUUUCCUGUAAACAGAGUUCUAAUGUUUACAGAGAAUCCUCCAUUACCAGUACCUUACCAGAGUCAACUGUGUGUGUACAAUUGGACUAAUACUGCUUACUUUGAUAUCUUUGCCUCGAGAAUGACUAUUGAUUUAAGUAACUCUCUUGCUUUGAACGUCAAUGGUGAAGUAUGCCAUUUUUAUCGUUACUAUGCUGGCGUUUUGACAGACCAGCAAACCGUUGAAAUUUUAGGUGAGAUUCCAUACAUGGAGAAAAACUGGUACAGGAAAACAAGUGGCAUUCAAGAUUUCGAUCUCGCAAGUCCUCAUUUAGAGCGUGCUAAAAAUCAUCAAAUUGUCGUUGUUGUCUUCAAAGAAGAGCCCUCGGAAAUUAACCGUGUAAGAUUUCCACUCUGUGAAAACUCCCUCACAUAUGGUAUUGAUAGUUGCUUGUACAUUAUUCUAAGAGAAGCUACUUACUUUAUACAUCCAAUUAGCAGAUACAUCCUUCGACUAGAGAAAGGAGAUUCGGUUCAAGUUAAUUUGAAAGUGAAACAUUACGGAAGUCAACCAAGCAAGCACAUACCCGUCACACUUUGUGAUAGCAGUCGCAGUGUACCUGCAACAAAAUCAGAUAUCGAGUUUCAGAGCACACAAAUAACAAACGAUGCUGGCAUUGCAACGUUCACUUUUGUUGCUGGUGAUGUUGGAAGUCCUAGGAAAGGUAUCGACGGCCAACUGUUCAAAUUUAACUAUUGUGUAUGCGAAGACUGUGAGACUGUGAAUUGCUCUCAGUGUGAAGUGAAGGGUGGUAAUCAAAUUGUAUUUCUGGUAUGGAGUGAUAUUAAAUAUCAAAUGCCGUAUUAUUGGGACACACACAUUAAACCUAUUUUCACUCAAUAUCAAAACCUUUAUCCAUCGAUGAGCAAGAUUAUCAAACUAGGUGAUUAUGAUGAUGUCACUAAGCCUCUAAAUAUCGACUUGAUUCUGUUUUCAAUGUCUUUAGAUCUCAAUCACCCCAGCUACAUGCCAGUGACGAGAGAUCUUUCCCCAGCAAAAAUAGAUAUGAUAAUCAAAUGGUUGAAGACUCCCGAUCACCCCCGUAACCGAGAAGACGACAAGUUGUACGAAUCACCUCCAUUCUGCCAUCAAACAUACUUGUAUAACGAAGAGAAACAAAAAAUGAAAGAAGCUAGAAUACAAAUGGAAUACUCAUUUCCAUGGAUGAAACAAUACCGUUCCAGCGGGUACAUGAGAAUACUUUUAGGUGGAACAGAACAUUUUCUACCAACACUUUCAGAUUCUCAUGUAACUCGUUCUUUUUUCGAUGUUGCCAUAGUUACACUGCCAACUUAUGACAGGUUUCCGAAUCAUGUCAGUCCAGGUUACUCUCAUCUUCUCUCCGCCAUUUUAAACCUAGAUAGAAAACCACUACCAAAUUGGUACACAAAUCACUGCUCCAAACAAUUGCUCAAAGAGAUGUUACAGUUAGCCGUACAGUUAGAAUUCUCUACCAUUCCACCGUACUUGACAGCUCUUUACUCUAUCAAGGAUGGCUACAAUCAAGAGGCAUACGAAAUCAUUCGCUCUGUAGUCAUGCAAGAAAUGCUUCACCUGGCACAAGCGGCCAACCUGCUGAUUGCUAUCGGUGGACGGCCAAUAAUAGAUAGUGCACAGGCUGUCCCAUCUUAUCCCGGGAAGAUACCGGGAGGAGUGUUACCUGGGCUAAAUAUAACACUACAGAAAGCAUCUCCCAAGUAUAUAGCUGAUGUGUUCAUGAUGAUAGAAUUCCCUGACAACAUCAUUUACAAGGACCACCAUACAGAAAAAGGAAUUGAAACUCACGUACUUACAAUUGGAAAGCUUUACAAACGUAUACAAGAGUGUAUGGUUGAAAAAGAAAGAGACAAUUUGUUCAAAACAGAAGUCAAGCAGCUCUCAUGGCCAUGGAAAGAACACGAAGAAGGUAUUAAGCUGACGACUGUGACCAAUAUAGAAGAAGCGAUAGAGGCCAUAAAUAUGAUAAUUGAGGAGGGAGAAGGAACUCCACAAAGAGACCCAACCUACUUGAAAACAUCAGAGCUUGCUCACUUCUUCAAGUUUGAAACGCUCGCCUGCAAACAUCAUUUGAGAGUCCUCCAUGAUAACGAUCAGUACAUGUAUGAUUUCCGUGGUAAAAAGAUAGAGUUCACAUCUGAAGGUGUGUGGCCAAUGAGAAAUAACCCAUCGUCUAAAACUAUCCCCAGAAAAUCACUUGCAUACCGAGAGACUAAAAUAUUUCAUAGCUUGUAUCGUUCUCUAUUGACUUUAUUUCAAGAAUCAUUUGAUGGACGACCUGACGCUAUCAAAGAGGCUGUUCCAAUCAUGGAAGCAAUGCAGCUACAAGCAAAGAAGCUGAUGACUAUGGAAGUACCCUCUAAACCUGGUCACCCAAAACAAACUUAUGGUCCAACAUUUGAAUAUAUAAUAGCGAAAUUGUAAUUGCUAUACAAUCAUAUGAAUAAUAAUCAGUUAGAUAUGGAUUUACCAUUGACUAUAAUUAUGUGUUAUAUACCCUGUUGACAUCAUAAUUAUAGAUUAGACAGACAGAAAGACAGUCAAAAUCUCAACGUUGCACACUACGGAAGGAAGUGUAAUUGCUUCGCUCGCCCAAUAAUUCGAGGGCACUAAAUUGUCGCGGAUUGCUCAAACUAAACAUUUUGCAAUUUUAUUUUGGAGGAUAGAGGUUCAAAUGACCAGUCCACACCCCUACAAUUGAGAGAUAUUUUCAAAGUUCAAGGUAAAUCUCCUCGGAAAUCUCGAAAAUAACAAGCUAUAUGCGGUAUAUCCCAUGUAAUG